AUGCAGUUCCUCAACUUUCUCCUACCUCUACCGGUCGUCCUUCUCCAGCUUGCCGGAGUCGCCCACGCCGCUCCCCGUGGCUCCAACACGACCAUCCUUCCCGGCGCGGUCGUCCACAAGAGCAACGGCUUCGAAUGGCUCUCCCUGCCUUCCUCCGCCGAUCUCUCCCACCCUGCCUUGAACCUCAGCAGCCUUCUCGAGCUCUCCGCCGCCGGCCGGCCGCUGCCCUCGCUGCCCUCCGGCAUUCCCGCCCCCAGCCGCCUCUCCGACCUGAUCGGCGUCCACGCAGACGCUGCCACCACCAUCCACUGCGAGACCUCGGACGCCUCGCCGUACCGCAUGUACUCCGAGAAGAUGCUCAAGACGAUGAAGCAGUUGCAGCAUCAGUGGUGCUGCGUCGACAAGCCUAAGGACGGCACGUGCCGGAUGAUGCUCAUGUCGGGAUACCCCAAGCCCGGUGCUGCCGCUACCGAUAUCUGCAACUACACUCCGCACAACCAUAUCUGCUUGAACUGUGGUGCCGCCGCGUGGGCCAUCGAGGUUAUCAUCGACAAGUGUACCGAGGGCGUGGCUCUUAAUAGACAGGCGGGUGGUUAUGUCAAGUUCAACGAUGUUGUGGUCAAUCUUUACACUAAGUGGGCCUAG